AAUCCUUCUCCAGGCCAGUUUUCUUGCUCCCGUGAUCGUGGUUCUGAUGUGGAUCAAGCCCAUUUCGCGAGACCUCUUGCUGCGGGCUCCCAUGGGCAAGGAGACGGUCCAGAUCAUGUCGGACACCACCUACAAUUCUGUACGCCUCUGGACGAUUGUAGUGCUGUGUGUGCUACGCCUGGCUGUCAUCCGCUACCAUCUCCAGGCGUAUCUGAAUCUAUCUGAGCGUUGGGUGGAGCAAAUGAAGCGGGAGGCCGGCCGGAUCACCGUGCUGGAGAUUCAGCGGAAGAUCACCAGAAUCUACUGCUAUGUAACCGUCGUCAGCCUCCAAUACCUGGCGCCAAUUUUUCUCACCCUGCACUGCACCCUCAUCCUCAAAACUCUGGGUGACUAUUCCUGGGGCCUGUAUCCUGAGCCUGCACUAACAUCUCCAGCGCCUGAUGCCAUUCCGGUUUGCCAGGCCGCAGCCUCUGAGGACUCUGGGAGCGAAGAUAUCCAGGCGGCGGUAGAACAGAUCACUGCGUCUCUUAGUGCCUUGGGCACCGUCUUCACUCCUCUUUUCUACCGGGGGCUGUUCUCUUUCUACGUCUGGUGGAUUGCGGCCUGUCAAGUCGUUUCCGUUUUCUUUGGCCUCUAUUUCCAUCAGCACUUGGCUGUAUCCUAAGGGAGAAGAUUUCCCUUUGGCUCUUGGAGCGAGACGUUUGGGGGUCCAGAAUAUGGAUUUCUUUUGAGGGUUUGCAAACUGAUAGCUGGGUUGUCAUCCUUGAGAAAAAAGUUUUCUUGCAACGUCGCUUAGAACAGGGGUGUGCAAACUUGGGAACUUUAAGACUUUAAGAGAGCUGAGGUGGCGCAGUGGUUAGAGUGC